AUGCCCAGCCCCACAGGGAAUGACGUCGCUAUAAGCACAGCAUCUGCAAGCACCUCACCGACCAACGUGACGAGCAUAGCAUCAACGAGUGAUGCGUCGGGUGAAAUACUUACUUCUGCAAAAGCCCCCAGCGCCACCACGAUUGAUGUCAAUCCUAGCACACCUUCUCCAAGUCCUUUGACUGUUGAAACCCCUGGCUUCCCAACCUACAGCGGCCCCACUGUUACCGAUGUCAACAGAACCACAGCUUUCAUGACUUCUCCUCCAGGUGAAACACUGAGCACCACUGCAAAUGCAGGCCUCACCGGCACCGAGGGAAGUACAGCCAUUGAUCCCACACAUUCCCCCGCAGAUCAAACUCCUGCUCCCACAGAAAAAGACAGCACCACAGGAACCCCUGGCACUAAAACUCCAGCUCCAACAAGGACAUCACCCCAGGAAAAUCCAAGCCCUUCUGGGGAAGCCAGCAGCACCAUAACUGUUGUCAGCACUCAAACAGCAUCGACCUCACUCUCAGAGGAAGAAUAUACCCAGACAUCAAGUGGCAGCAUCUCGACGCCGAUUAGUACUAGUCUCAGCGAUGGGACUGCAGAAGUGCUUUCCCCAAGUACCCUACCUGGGACAACGCAGAGCUUGACAACGUUCACCUUGCCGGGGAACAAUGGGACUGCAGCCUCAGCUUUUACAACUUCUCCUUCGGGUUUAACAGAGGGUCGCCCCUCCCAGGCUGCUACCACUACGAAUGAUUCCCCUGAAACCACCCCAUCCACAAGUACUCUGUCCUCCGAGACGCUCAGUUCCGCAACAGUGCACAGUGCACCAGAAAAUCCCACUGGCACAGCAACAGAUGUCACUUCAAAGCCCGCAUCCGCAAGUACUCCCUCGGCAGAAGCACAAGUCUCACCAACCAUUCCCAGCCCUACAGGGAAUGACAUUGCUAUAAGCACAGCAUCUGCAAGCACCUCACUGACCAACGUGAUGAGCAUAGCAUCAACGAGUGAUGCGUCGGGUGAAAUACAUACUUCUGCAAAAGCCCCCAGCGCCACCACGAUUGAUGUCAAUCCUAGCACACCUUCUCCAAGUCCUUUGACUGUCGAAACCCCUGGCUUCCCAACCUACAGCAGCCCCACUGGUACCGAUGUCAACAGAACCACAGCUUUCAUGACUUCUCCUCCAGGUGAAACACUGAGCACCACUGCAAAUGCAGGCCUCACCGGCACCGAGGGAAGUACAGCCAUUGAUCCCACACAUUCCCCCGCAGAUCAAACUCCUGCUCCCACAGAAAAAGACAGCACCACAGGAACCCCUGGCACUAAAACUCCAGCUCCAACAAGGACAUCACCCCAGGAAAAUCCAAGCCCUUCUGGGGAAGCCAGCAGCACCAUAACUGUUGUCAGCACUCAAACAGCAUCGACCUCACUCUCAGAGGAAGAAUAUACCCAGACAUCAAGUGGCAGCAUCUCGACGCCGAUUAGUACUAGUCUCAGCGAUGGGACUGCAGAAGUGCUUUCCCCAAGUACCCUACCUGGGACAACGCAGAGCUUGACAACGUUCACCUUGCCAGGGAACAAUGGGACUGCAGCCUCAGCUUUUACAACUUCUCCUUCGGGUUUAACAGAGGGUCGCCCCUCCCAGGCUGCUACCACUACGAAUGAUUCCCCUGAAACCACCCCAUCCACAAGUACUCUGUCCUCCGAGACGCUCAGUUCCGCAACAGUGCACAGCGCACCAGAAAAUGCCACUGGCACAGCAACAGAUGUCACUUCAAAGCCCGCAUCCGCAAGUACUCCCUCGGCAGAAGCACAAGUCUCACCAACCAUUCCCAGCCCUACAGGGAAUGACAUUGCUAUAAGCACAGCAUCUGCAAGCACCUCACCGACCAACGUGACGAGCAUAGCAUCAACGAGUGAUGCGUCGGGUGAAAUACGUACUUCUGCAAAAGCCCCCAGCGCCACCACGAUUGAUGUCAAUCCUAGCACACCUUCUCCAAGUCCUUUGACUGUCGAAACCCCUGGCUUCCCAACCUACAGCAGCCCCACUGGUACCGAUGUCAACAGAACCACAGCUUUCAUGACUUCUCCUGCAGGUGAAACACUGAGCAGCACCGCAAAUGCAGGCCUCACCGGCACCAAGGGAAGUACAGCCAUUGAUCCGACACAUUCCCCCGCAGAUCAAACUCCUGCUCCCACAGAAAAAGACAGCACCACAGGAACCCCUGGCACUAAAACUCCAGCUCCAACAAGGACAUCACCCCAGGAAAAUCCAAGCCCUUCUGGGGAAGCCAGCAGCACCAUAACUGUUGUCAGCACUCAAACAGCAUCGACCUCACUCUCAGAGGAAGAAUAUACCCAGACAUCAAGUGGCAGCAUGUCGACGCCGAUCAGUACUAGUCUCAGCGAUGGGACUGCAGAAGUGCUUUCCCCAAGUACCCUACCUGGGGCAACGCAGAGCUUGACAAUGUUCACCUUGCCCGGGAACAAUGGGACUGUAGCCUCAGCUUUUACAACUUCUCCUUCGGGUUUAACAGAGAGUCCCCCCUCCCAGGCUGCUACCACCAAGAAUGAUUCCCCUGAACCCACACCACCAUCCACAAGUACUCUGUCCUCCGAGAUGCUCAGUUCCGCAACAGUGCACAGUGCAACAGAAAAUGCCACUGGCACAGCAACAGAUGUCACUUCAAAGCCCGCAUCCGCAAGUACUCCCUCGGCAGAAGCACAAGUCUCACCAACCUUGCCCAGCCCCACAGGGAAUGACGUCGCUAUAAGCACAGCUUUGACAGAGACCCUCUCUGAGCAAUCCUACACAUCUUCAUACAGUGCCAGUAGCACCCACAGCAAUGUCACCACAAAGGCAGCUUUCUUAACCUCUCCCUCCAAUGCAACCCAGAACUCUGCAUCCUCACACAGGCCCUCCGCAGAGUCCAGCACAACAAUUAGAGAUGCCACUGCAAGUGCAGCUUCCACAAGCGCUCCCUUGGGUGAAACACACAUUCCCUCAACUAAACUCAGAACCACAGGGAUGCAACACACAGCUUCAACCACUGCUCCUUCAGGGAAAACAGACAGCCCUCCACCCAUUACGAAUCCCACAGGGAAUGAUAGCGGUACCACCCUGGCCAAGAGCAGCAGCAAUCCUUCAACUAGCAAAAAUACUAUUGACAGCAGUUCUACUACCCUUUCCAUUAGCAAAUCUAGUAAGUCAAAGAGUACUAGUAGCCCUUUGUCCAUUAUAACUAGUUCUUUAAAGAGUACUAGAAGUGUUUCCUCUAUAAAAACUACCACUGCCAAGAGUACUGGCAGCACUUUCACUAUCAAAACUAGUACUGGUAAGAGUACAAGCAGCAUUUCCAACAUGAAAACUACUUUUGCCAACAGUACUAGUAGCAUUUCUACUGCCAAGAGUACAAGUAUCCCUUCCACUGCCAAAACUACUACUCCCAGCAGUACAAGCAGCCCUUCCACUAUUAAAACUACUCCUGCCAACAGUACUAAAAGUCCUUCCACUGUCAAAAUUACUACUGCCAGGGAUACUAGCAGACCUUCAACUACCAAAACUACUACUGCUAAGAGUAAUAGUAGCCCUUCCACUCCCAAAACUACUACUGCCAAGAGUACUAAAAGUCCUUCCACUGCCAAAACUACUACGGCCAGGAGUACUAGCAGACCUUCAACUAUCAAAACUACUACUGCUAAGAGUACUAGUAGCCCAUCCACUACCCAAACUACUACUGCUAAGAAUACUAGUAGCCCUUCCACUCCCAAAACUACUACUGCCAAGAGUACAAGCAGCUCUUCCACUAUUAAAACUACUCCUGCCAAGAGUACUAAAAGUCCUUCCACUGCCAAAACUACUACUGCCAGGGAUACUAGCAGACCUUCAACUACCAAAACUACUACUGCUAAGAGUACUAGUAGCCCUUCCACUCCGAAAACUACUACUGCCAAGAGAACAAGCAGCUCUUCAACUAUUAAAACUACUCCUGCCAAGAGUACUAAAAGUCCUUCCACUGCCAAAACUACUACUGCCAGGAGUACUAGCAGACCUUCAGCUAUCAAAACUACUACUGCUAAGAGUACUAGUAGCCGUUCUACUGCCCAAACUACUACUGCUAAGAAUUCUAGUAGCCCUUCCACUCCCAAAUCUACUACUGCCAAGAGUACAAGCAGCUCAUCCACUAUUAAAACUACUACUGCCAAGAGUACUAAAAGUCCUUCCACUGCCAAAACUACUACUGCCAGGAGUACUAGCAGAACUUUAACUAUCAAAACUAGUACUGCUAAGAGUACUAGUAGCCCUUCCACUACCAAAACUACUACUGCUAAGAAUACUAGUAGCCUUUCCACCCCCAAAACUACUACUGCCAAGAGUACAAGCAGCUCUUCCACUAUUAAAACUACUCCUGCCAAGAGUACUAAAAGUCCUUCCACUGCCAAAACUACUACUGCCAGGAGUACUAGCAGACCUUCAACUAUCAAAACUAGUACUGCUAAGAGUACUAGCAGCCCUUCCACUCCCAAAACUACUACUGCUAAGAAUACUAGUAGCCUUUCCACUCCCAAAACUACUACUGCCAAGAGUACAAGCAGCUCUUCCACUAUUAAAACUACUCCUGCCAAGAGUACUAAAAGUCCUUCCACUGCCAAAACUACAACUGCCAGGAGUACUAGCCUACCUUCAACUACCAAAACUACUACUGCUAAGAGUACUAGUAGCCCUUCCACUCCCAAAACUACUCCUGCCAAGAGUACAAGCAGCUCUUCCAGUAUUAAAACUACUCCUGCCAAGAGUACUAAUAGUCCUUCCACUGCCCAAACUACUACUGCCAGGAGUACUAGCAGACCUUCAACUAUCAAAACUAGUACUGCUAAGAGUACUAGCUGCCCUUCCACUCCCAAAACUACUACUGCCAAGAGUACAAGCAGCUCUUCCUUUAUUAAAAGUACUCCUGCCAAGAGUACUAAAAGUCCUUCCACUGCCAAAACUACUACUACCAGGAGUACUAGCCUACCUUCAACUACCAAAACUACUACUGCUAAGAAUACUAGUAGCCCUUCUACUCCCAAAAUUACUACUGCCAAGAGUACAAGCAGCUCUUCCAUUAUAAAAAGUACUCCUGCCAAGAGUACUAAAAGUCCUUCCACUGCCAAAACUACUACUGCCAGGAGUACUAGCAGACCUUCAACUACCAAAACUACUACUGCUAAGAGUACUGGCAGCCCUUCCACUCCCAAAACUACUACUGCCAAGAGUACUAAAAGUCCUUCCACUGCGAAAACUACGACUGCCAAGAGUACUAAAAGUCCUUCCACUGCGAAAACUACUACUGCCAGGAGUACUAGCAGAUCUUCAACUACAAAAACUACUGUUGUCAAGAGUACUACCAGAACUACCACAAGUGAGAUAUGCCAAAAUCCCAGUGGCACAGCAACAGAUGUCACUUCAAAGCCCGCAUCCGCAAGUACUCCCUCGGCAGAAGCACAAGUCUCACCAACCAUGCCCAGCCCCACAGGGAAUGACGUCGCUAUAAGCACAGCAUCUGCAAGCACCUCACCGACCAACGUGACGAGCAUAGCAUCAACGAGUGAUGCGUCGGGUGAAAUAAGUACUUCUUCAAAAGCCCCCAGCGCCACCACGAUUGAUGUCAAUCCUAGCACACCUUCUCCAAGUCCUUUGACUGUCGAAACCCCUGGCUUCCCAACCUACAGCGGCCCCACUGUUACCGAUGUCAACAGAACCACAGCUUUCAUGACUUCUCCUGCAGGUGAAACACUGAGCAGCACCGCAAAUGCAGGCCUCACCGGCACCGAGGGAAGUACAGCCAUUGCUCCCACACAUUCCCCCGCAGAUCAAACUCCUGCUCCCACAGAAAAAGACAGCACCACAGGAACCCCUGGCACUAAAACUCCAGCUCCAACAGGGACAUCACCCCAGGAAAAUCCAACCCCUCCUGGGGAAGCCAGCAGCACCAUGACUGUUGUCAGCACUCAAACAGCAUCGACCUCACUCUCAGAGGAAGAAUAUACCCAGACAUCAAGUGGCAGCAUGUCGACGCCGAUCAGUACUAGUCUCAGCGAUGGGACUGCAGAAGUGCUUUCCCCAAGUACCCUACCUGGGACAACGCAGAGCUUGACAACGUUCACCUUACCGGGGAACAAUGGGACUGUAGCCUCAGAUUUUACAACUUCUCCUUCGGGUUUAACAGAGAGUCCCCCCUCCCAGGCUGCUACCACCACGAAUGAUACCCCUGAAACCACCCCAUCCAUAAGUACUCUGUCCUCCGAGACGCUCAGUUCCGCAACAGUGCACAGUGCACCAGAAAAUGCCACUGGCACAGCAACAGAUGUCACUUCAAAGCCCGCAUCCGCAAGUACUCCCUCGGCAGAAGCACAAGUCUCACCAACCAUGCCCAGCCCCACAGGGAAUGACGUCGCUAUAAGCACAGCAUCUGCAAGCACCUCACCGACCAACGUGACGAGCAUAGCAUUAACGAGUGAUGCGUCGGGUGAAAUAAGUACUUCUGCAAAAGCCCCCAGCGCCACGACGAUUGAUGUCAAUUCUAGCACACCUUCUCCAAGUCCUUUGACUGUCGAAACCCCUGGCUUCCCAACCUACGGCGGCCCCACUGUUACCGAUGUCAACAGAACCACAGCUUUCAUGACUUCUCCUGCAGGUGAAACACUGAGCAGCACCGCAAAUGCAGGCCUCACCGGCACCGAGGGAAGUACAGCCAUUGCUCCCACACAUUCCCCCGCAGAUCAAACUCCUGCUCCCACAGAAAAAGACAGCACCACAGGAACCCCUGGCACUAAAACUCCAGCUCCAACAGGGACAUCACCCCAGGAAAAUCCAACCCCUCCUGGGGAAGCCAGCAGCACCAUGACUGUUGUCAGCACUCAAACAGCAUCGACCUCACUCUCAGAGGAAGAAUAUACCCAGACAUCAAGUGGCAGCAUGUCGACGCCGAUCAGUACUAGUCUCAGCGAUGGGACUGCAGAAGUGCUUUCCCCAAGUACCCUACCUGGGACAACGCAGAGCUUGACAACGUUCACCUUACCGGGGAACAAUGGGACUGUAGCCUCAGAUUUUACAACUUCUCCUUCGGGUUUAACAGAGAGUCCCCCCUCCCAGGCUGCUACCACCACGAAUGAUACCCCUGAAACCACCCCAUCCAUAUGUACUCUGUCCUCCGAGACGCUCAGUUCCGCAACAGUGCACAGUGCACCAGAAAAUGCCACUGGCACAGCAACAGAUGUCACUUCAAAGCCCGCAUCCGCAAGUACUCCCUCGGCAGAAGCACAAGUCUCACCAACCAUGCCCAGCCCCACAGGGAAUGACGUCGCUAUAAGCACAGCAUCUGCAAGCACCUCACCGACCAACGUGACGAGCAUAGCAUCAACGAGUGAUGCGUCGGGUGAAAUACGUACUUCUGCAAAAGCCCCCAGCGCCACCACGAUUGAUGUCAAUCCUAGCACACCUUCUCCAAGUCCUUUGACUGUCGAAACCCCUGGCUUCCCAACCUACGGCGGCCCCACUGUUACCGAUGUCAACACAACCACAGCUUUCAUGACUUCUCCUGCAGGUGAAACACUGAGCAGCACCGCAAAUGCAGGCCUCACCGGCACCGAGGGAAGUACAGCCAUUGCUCCCACACAUUCCCCCGCAGAUCAAACUCCUGCUCCCACAGAAAAAGACAGCACCACAGGAACCCCUGGCACUAAAACUCCAGCUCCAACAGGGACAUCACCCCAGGAAAAUCCAACCCCUCCUGGGGAAGCCAGCAGCACCAUGACUGUUGUCAGCACUCAAACAGCAUCGACCUCACUCUCAGAGGAAGAAUAUACCCAGACAUCAAGUGGCAGCAUGUCGACGCCGAUCAGUACUAGUCUCAGCGAUGGGACUGCAGAAGUGCUUUCCCCAAGUACCCUACCUGGGACAACGCAGAGCUUGACAACGUUCACCUUCCCGGGGAACAAUGGGACUGUAGCCUCAGAUUUUACAAUUUCUCCUUCGGGUUUAACAGAGAGUCCCCCCUCCCAGGCUGCUACCACCACGAAUGAUUCCCCUGAAACCACCCCAUCCAUAAGUACUCUGUCCUCCGAGACGCUCAGUUCCGCAACAGUGCACAGUGCACCAGAAAAUGCCACUGGCACAGCAACAGAUGUCACUUCAAAGCCCGCAUCCGCAAGUACUCCCUCGGCAGAAGCACAAGUCUCACCAACCAUGCCCAGCCCCACAGGGAAUGACGUCGCUAUAAGCACAGCAUCUGCAAGCACCUCACCGACCAACGUGACGAGCAUAGCAUUAACGAGUGAUGCGUCGGGUGAAAUAAGUACUUCUGCAAAAGCCCCCAGCGCCACCACGAUUGAUGUCAAUCCUAGCACACCUUCUCCAAGUCCUUUGACUGUCGAAACCCCUGGCUUCCCAACCUACGGCGGCCCCACUGUUACCGAUGUCAACACAACCACAGCUUUCAUGACUUCUCCUGCAGGUGAAACACUGAGCAGCACCGCAAAUGCAGGCCUCACCGGCACCGAGGGAAGUACAGCCAUUGCUCCCACACAUUCCCCCGCAGAUCAAACUCCUGCUCCCACAGAAAAAGACAGCACCACAGGAACCCCUGGCACUAAAACUCCAGCUCCAACAGGGACAUCACCCCAGGAAAAUCCAACCCCUCCUGGGGAAGCCAGCAGCACCAUGACUGUUGUCAGCACUCAAACAGCAUCGACCUCACUCUCAGAGGAAGAAUAUACCCAGACAUCAAGUGGCAGCAUGUCGACGCCGAUCAGUACUAGUCUCAGCGAUGGGACUGCAGAAGUGCUUUCCCCAAGUACCCUACCUGGGACAACGCAGAGCUUGACAACGUUCACCUUCCCGGGGAACAAUGGGACUGUAGCCUCAGAUUUUACAAUUUCUCCUUCGGGUUUAACAGAGAGUCCCCCCUCCCAGGCUGCUACCACCACGAAUGAUUCCCCUGAAACCACCCCAUCCAUAAGUACUCUGUCCUCCGAGACGCUCAGUUCCGCAACAGUGCACAGUGCACCAGAAAAUGCCACUGGCACAGCAACAGAUGUCACUUCAAAGCCCGCAUCCGCAAGUACUCCCUCGGCAGAAGCACAAGUCUCACCAACCAUGCCCAGCCCCACAGGGAAUGACGUCGCUAUAAGCACAGCAUCUGCAAGCACCUCACCGACCAACGUGACGAGCAUAGCAUUAACGAGUGAUGCGUCGGGUGAAAUAAGUACUUCUGCAAAAGCCCCCAGCGCCACCACGAUUGAUGUCAAUUCUAGCACACCUUCUCCAAGUCCUUUGACUGUCGAAACCCCUGGCUUCCCAACCUACGGCGGCCCCACUGUUACCGAUGUCAACAGAACCACAGCUUUCAUGACUUCUCCUGCAGGUGAAACACUGAGCAGCACCGCAAAUGCAGGCCUCACCGGCACCGAGGGAAGUACAGCCAUUGCUCCCACACAUUCCCCCGCAGAUCAAACUCCUGCUCCCACAGAAAAAGACAGCACCACAGGAACCCCUGGCACUAAAACUCCAGCUCCAACAGGGACAUCACCCCAGGAAAAUCCAACCCCUUCUGGGGAAGCCAGCAGCACCAUGACUGUUGUCAGCACUCAAACAGCAUCGACCUCACUCUCAGAGGAAGAAUAUACCCAGACAUCAAGUGGCAGCAUGUCGACGCCGAUCAGUACUAGUCUCAGCGAUGGGACUGCAGAAGUGCUUUCCCCAAGUACCCUACCUGGGACAACGCUUAGCUUGACAACGUUCACCUUGCCGGGGAACAAUGGGACUGUAGCCUCAGCUUUUACAACUUCUCCUUCGGGUUUAACAGAGAGUCCCCCCUCCCAGGCUGCUACCACCACGAAUGAUUCCCCUGAAACCACCCCAUCCACAAGUACUCUGUCCUCCGAGACGCUCAGUUCCGCAACAGUGCACAGUGCACCAGAAAAUGCCACUGGCACAGCAACAGAUGUCACUUCAAAGCCCGCAUCCGCAAGUACUCCCUCGGCAGAAGCACAAGUCUCACCAACCAUGCCCAGCCCCACAGGGAAUGACGUCGCUAUAAGCACAGCAUCUGCAAGCACCUCACCGACCAACGUGACGAGCAUAGCAUCAACGAGUUAUGCGUCGGGUGAAAUACGUACUUCUGCAAAAGCCACCAGCGCCACCACGAUUGAUGUCAAUCCUAGCACACCUUCUCCAAGUCCUUUGACUGUCGAAACCCCUGGCUUCCCAACCUACGGCGGCCCCACUGUUACCGAUGUCAACACAACCACAGCUUUCAUGACUUCUCCUGCAGGUGAAACACUGAGCAGCACCGCAAAUGCAGGCCUCACCGGCACCGAGGGAAGUACAGCCAUUGCUCCCACACAUUCCCCCGCAGAUCAAACUCCUGCUCCCACAGAAAAAGACAGCACCACAGGAACCCCUGGCACUAAAACUCCAGCUCCAACAGGGACAUCACCCCAGGAAAAUCCAACCCCUUCUGGGGAAGCCAGCAGCACCAUGACUGUUGUCAGCACUCAAACAGCAUCGACCUCACUCUCAGAGGAAGAAUAUACCCAGACAUCAAGUGGCAGCAUGUCGACGCCGAUCAGUACUAGUCUCAGCGAUGGGACUGCAGAAGUGCUUUCCCCAAGUACCCUACCUGGGACAACACAGAGCUUGACAACGUUCACCUUGCCGGGGAACAAUGGGACUGUAGCCUCAGCUUUUACAACUUCUCCUUCGGGGUUAACAGAGAGUCCCCCCUCCCAGGCUGCUACCACCACGAAUGAUUCCCCUGAAACCACCACAUCCACAAGUACUCUGUCCUCCGAGACGCUCAGUUCCGCAACAGUGCACAGUGCAACAGAAAAUGCCACUGGCACAGCAACAGAUGUCACUUCAAAGCCCGCAUCCGCAAGUACUCCCUCGGCAGAAGCACAAGUCUCACCAACCAUGCCCAGCCCCACAGGGAAUGACGUCGCUAUAAGCACAGCAUCUGCAAGCACCUCACCGACCAACGUGACGAGCAUAGCAUUAACGAGUGAUGCGUCGGGUGAAAUAAGUACUUCUGCAAAAGCCCCCAGCGCCACCACGAUUGAUGUCAAUUCUAGCACACCUUCUCCAAGUCCUUUGACUGUCGAAACCCCUGGCUUCCCAACCUACGGCGGCCCCACUGUUACCGAUGUCAACAGAACCACAGCUUUCAUGACUUCUCCUGCAGGUGAAACACUGAGCAGCACCGCAAAUGCAGGCCUCACCGGCACCGAGGGAAGUACAGCCAUUGCUCCCACACAUUCCCCCGCAGAUCAAACUCCUGCUCCCACAGAAAAAGACAGCACCACAGGAACCCCUGGCACUAAACUCCAGCUCCAACAGGGACAUCACCCCAGGAAAAUCCAACCCCUUCUGGGGAAGCCAGCAGCACCAUGA